AUGUUGCGUUUCCGACCGCUCAACUUGGCCAUCUUGAUGAUUGUGAUGGGGUUGCUGCUUAUCAACUCGUGUUUCUGCUCUCCGUAAGUUUAUCCAUAAAUCUAUGGAUACUUGUUUAUUUAUAUUCAGCGCUGUCAACUCGAACUUUCGAAUGAAGAAGUGGUACACGUGGAACAACGAUCUGGAGGUGACGAAGAAGUGGUAAGCAUAGAACAUUUAGAUUUUAUCGAUAAACAUUUUCAGGUACGACUGGCAAAACGUUCCGCACGCUCUACAACAAAAGCGACAGUUCGACGUCGACGACGUUUUGAUUGAUCGAUAA